AUGGCGCCUCUCCUCGCCACUGCGGUCGCUACGUACAAGCAAAAGAGGUUUGACGCUGCGGCACUCGAAGCCAUGAAAGCACACGACGCACGAAUCCAGAUCGUACCCGUGGAGGCGAAGCUCAACGCCAACGACAUGGCAAUCCUUGCCAAUAACCCUCGUCAAUUCGAUGCGAGUUCUCCCCUGCUGUCUUGCAGUGAACUUUUCAGCCAUUGGCACGGACUACCGCAAUCCUGGAUCGAUGAGUGUUUCGGAGAGGAUCUUGGCAAGCGACUUGUUAAGAUCAAGCUGAUCAAAUUAGAGUCCCGCCCAGUCGAGCAGCCUCCGGUCGCGAAACACUCGGACUUGGAUCUUCAGAUAGCGGAAGCAGCUGGCUUCCACCGAGCCAUCAACAUAUGGAACGACUCACAUUCAUGGACACCCCUUUACAUACAACAACAACUGCGCGAUCAGGCCACCGAAUUGGGCAAGAUUCUUUCCGACUACAACAUUGACGAGCCGAGUACCCUCCCCGGCAAGUUCAAGCACGAUAGCGCAGCGUAUUGCCCGUAUCAACUUCGUCUGUCAGAUCGCCAGGCAGCGAAUGCGUUACUGGCGUCAAGCUACUUUGAUGUGUACAUGGGCAUGCGAGACUAG